CAGACAUCCCACGACCCAGAAAUCAGAGCUCCACCCUCUGCUGCUGGUUCGAGGAAAAUUACAAGAAGUCGACGUUCUUCUCUUUCUUUCCUUUGCCCAGUGGAGAGGUCUUGGUCCAGUCCACGUUCUUGAGUGCAAAGGAGUGGAAGAUUGGCUGGUUUGAUCGACUCUUUGAGCCAAAUGACAUGUGGGCUCUACGUCCGAUGGAGUGUCGAACAUCUUAAUCUCGUCUGAGAGCUUCUCAUCGUCAGCUGUUCCUUGCUUUGCUCUGCAAUAAUACCAUCUGAUUUGAAUCAGGUAUAAAAGGAAAUCCAAUUCAGAUCGCAAGAUGGUGGUUUCAGAGUCCGAAAUCAUUCGCCCGGAAGAGGUAGAAUCCCAAUUACAAAUCGAUCAACAGCCCAAGAGCCACCCAUUCUCAACCCUCGGAAGGCAAUCCUCGAUUUACUCAUUGACCCUUGAUGAGUUCCAGCACGCACUCUGCGAGAGUGGCAAGAAUUUUGGCUCCAUGAACAUGGAUGAAUUCCUCACCAGCAUCUGGAAUGCCGAAGAAAACCAAGCCAUAAACACCUCUGGCAACAAUAACAUCACCAACAACGGCACAGAGAUCGCGGAUCAACAUGUGUCCCUGGGUGACAUGUCCACCCUGGGUGACACAUCCACCAGCAAAGGCAUAGCCAAGCAGCAGAGCCUACCCCGCCAAGGCUCACUCACUUUACCCGCUCCGCUGUGCCGGAAGACGGUGGACGAGGUGUGGUCCGAGAUCCACAAGGGCCAGCAGAGCCAGCGGCAAAGCAACAACGUGCAGAAUCCCGAGGACACCUCGCCAGCCGACUUUGGAGAGAUGACGUUGGAGGAUUUCCUGAUAAAGGCAGGGGUGGUUAGGGAACAGCACAUGCCGCAUCCGCAGCCAACUCAGCCACCGGAGCAGCCAUUCGGGAUGUACCCGAACAACCUGUCAAUUGGGCCCGGUUUCGUCCCCAGGCCCAUAAUGGGAAUGGGUGGAGCCGCUGAUGCAGUACCAUACCAGCCAAUGGCUGCUGCAAUUGGAGAGCCAUCAGUGUAUCAGGCAAAUGGGAAAAGGAAUGGUGGAUAUGUGCCAGCACCAAUGCCAGUAAGUUAUGGUCAGAGGGUGGGGAACGGAAGUGGUGGCGGUGCGUAUGGGGCAGGUCAGGCAAUGGGGAUGGGACUGCCGGUGAGUCCAGUGUCUUCAGAUGGAUGUGGCGCACCAGUUGAGAAUUCUGGAGGGCAAUUUGGGAUGGAUAUGGGGGAGCUAGAGGGAAGGAAGAGGAUAAUUGACGGUCCAGUGGAUAAAGUGGUGGAGAGGAGACAGAGGAGGAUGAUAAAGAAUAGAGAAUCGGCUGCGAGAUCUAGAGCCAGGAAACAGGCUUAUACAGUCGAACUAGAGGCGGAGUUAAACCAGUUAAAAGAAGAAAAUGCGCAGCUUAAACAGGCACUGGCGGAGCUUGAGAAGAAGAGAAAGCAGCAGGAUUGUUGCACAGUCUCUGGAAGAACUGAGGUUGAAAGCUCAAAGUCAAACCAGGGCAUACAGAGCGAAGGAGAAACUGAAGAUGAUCAGGAGGAACCUGAGUUCCCCCUUGUGAAGUGAAUUGCAAAUUGAGGAUCUGAACAGGAAAGCUCUUGAAGAGUUGAGAGAAGGAUCGCAACCGGGAUAGUCAGCUGAUGCCUAGAGGAUAAGUUGGAACCCAUGGUCUGUGGAAAUACUUGGCCGUACAGUCAUCAUAAGGAUGUAUCAGUCGAAGGUGUCGACAGAAUGUUUUUCUUUUUUCGCUCUUCCCCUUUUUUCCUUCUUUUGGCCAUAGUUAUGAACCGAGAGUAUGCAUGAUUUUCUAAUUGAUGUUGUGUAGUAGUUGUUAGUAAAAGAAAUAUGCAGAUGAAAAGUUCUGGAUUUGACAGUGCAAUUUUGAGAUGCUGAUAAAGGAGAAUUACAUCAUUGGUUAUUAAUUGUCAUCUCAAGUCAA